ACAGUUGAUGCUGCAAGAGAAUUAAUUCGACUUCGAUGCGAUAAUCAAAACGAUUUUGAAGGGUUCGCCGCUUCUCCUUCUCAAUGUCGAAGAAAAUGGUACUCAUUAAAAUAUGGAUAUGAAAAUCUCAAGAGGUUGAAAGUUACGGAGAAUCCCUACGAUUAA